GUGGUGUGUGUGUCUCUCUAUUCAACUCCCGGGCUGCGCGACUACUUUCUCUAGCGCUGUGCUAGCGGUAGUGUGUGUUCGGGCAAUUGCGGCGACGUCGAAAGUGAUGACGGCUGCGCGAGCUCGUGGACGUGGAAAAAAGAGAGAGAAAAAAAAAGAUUAGCUCCGAACGCAACGUCGCCGUCGCAUCCGUAGACGGCUUUUCUUUUGACGUAUCAUUGCCGGUUGCGCUGGCUCACUGCCGGGACCCUUAGGCCUAGGUUAGGCCUAAGUUGUCACCGAUUUCGCCGGGGAAGACCCCGUGUCGUGAAACGGGCCGGCGAGGUGCCGUUAUGCGAGCGCGUCGGGAUCGGGACCCGGCAAAAAGCUGGGACGACCGCGCCUACGUUACGGCGUUUGUCAGUGAUACGACGGCGAUGAUGAAAAGUGUGCGACAUCGCGGUUCGUCUUUUUUUUGCGGUCGGUUUUCUUUUUUCUUCAACUGGCGGCCGCCGCUUCGUUGGAUGGGGAGAAAAAAAAAUAGCGUAAGAAAAAAUAACGGUAGUAGUGUUGGGCGCAGCACCCAGCUGUGCCCGGCGUCGUCGGUGAAAAGUCGGGAAAAGGAACAGAAGCGCGCUUAGCGAAACGUUCGGCGUCCGAAGACGGUUGCUCACGGGAAGGCGAGAGCGGCCAAAGCGAAAACGGUGUGUGUGUAGCGGCCGAAUGCUCGUGCCCUGGGUUUGCAGUAGGCGGCCGCACGAGGACAAUCGGCCACCCAACCCGAGCUUUGCUAUGAAGCCACCGCGUGAAAGAGAAAAACGAAAGGAAUAAAAAAAAAGGGGGGGGCGAGCAACACCGUGGCGCUUUUGCUGAGCACACGCCCUGUGUUAGCGAGCCACCGGUCGGGACCGUGAAGCGGGACGGAAGUCGAGGAAAAUUUUUUUUUUUGCUAGCAGCGAGCCCCGGGUUCUCGCUGCCGCUUCGAUGAACGGACCGGUGCCGUGACAGUCAAUCGGGCGAUGACAGGAGCAGCCGAACACGACCACGUGGCAGUCCAGCAGCAGCCGCCUCCCCCGCAACCACAGCCACAGCCGCCCCCCUUAGCGGCGGCUCCGCCGCCGCCCCCGGCACCUGUGGCUGCGCUCGACGGGCAGCAGCAACAGCAGCAGCACGCCUUCAACGCCGUGGCUAACUUGGCACAGGCCGGAGCAGACGACGACCCAAUGGGUGGGGGUGGUGGUGGGGGGGGUGGGACACGACCGAUGGAGCCCGCGGAGGAGCCUAUGGAGGAGGAAGAUGAGGCUCGAUCGGAGGCUACAUUUCGCUUCGUUGUCCCCGAGUUCUCUCGCCUCAAGGAGUCCCUGCUCAGCCCACCCACCUAUGUGCGCAACUUGCCGUGGAAAAUCAUGGUGAUGCCACGAACCAACACGGGCAACGACCGGCAGCCGACAAAGAGCCUCGGCUUUUUCCUACAAUGCAACGGCGAGUCCGAGUCCUCGGAAGCCUCCGAAGGCGAAGACAGUGUGCCAACGUGGUCCUGCAAUGCCACUGCCGAGCUGCGUCUAAUUAGUCAGAAGGAGGGCGUUGAAAACUUUGUCAGAAAAAUUCAGCAUCUCUUCUAUGGCAAGGAGAACGACUGGGGUUUCAGCCACUUCAUGACGUGGAAUGACGUCUUGGAUCCAGAGAAGGGGUUUAUCGUGGACGACACCAUCAUCCUUGAAGUUUGGGUGUGCGCCGAUGCUCCACACGGUGUCAGCUGGGACUCCAAGAAACACACGGGAUACGUAGGCCUCAAAAACCAAGGUGCCACCUGCUACAUGAAUUCGUUACUACAGACGCUGUUCUUCACGAACCAGUUACGAAAGGCUGUCUACCAGAUGCCUACCGAGAGCGACGACUCGUCCAAGAGCGUGGCACUGGCGUUGCAGCGGGUGUUCUACGAACUGCAGUUCUCCGACCGACCUGUUGGCACCAAGAAGCUCACCAAGUCCUUUGGGUGGGAAACCUUGGACUCGUUUAUGCAGCACGAUGUUCAAGAACUCUGCCGAGUGCUGCUGGACAACAUGGAAAGCAAGAUGAAAGGCACCUGCGUGGAAGGCACGAUCCCACGGCUCUUCGAGGGCAAGAUGAUCUCGUUCAUCAAGUGCAAGCACGUGGAUUAUGCGUCUCGGCGCAUGGAGCCCUUCUACGACAUCCAGCUCAACGUCAAGGGCAAGAAGAACAUCCACGAGAGCUUCCAGGACUACUGCGCCACCGAGUCGCUCGACGGGGACAACAAGUACGACGCCGGGGAGUACGGGCUCCAGGAGGCCGAGAAGGGCAUCAUCUUCGCCUGCUUGCCUCCCGUGGUGCACCUACACCUGCUGCGCUUCCAGUACGACCAUGUGACCGACAACAACAUCAAGAUCAACGACCGGUUCGAGUUCCCCGAGCGACUGAACCUGAGCGAGUUCCUCACCGACGGGGGCGCCAACUCGAGCGGGCCGGCCACGUACACGCUACAUGCGGUGCUAGUCCACAGCGGGGACAACCACGGGGGCCACUACGUGGUGUUCAUCAACCCUCGCGGCGACGGCCGCUGGUGCAAGUUCGACGACGACGUGGUGUCGCGCUGCACCAAGCAGGAGGCCAUCGACCACAACUUCGGCGGCACCGACGAGGACGUGGCCGUGAGCCGGCACUGUACCAACGCCUACAUGCUGGUGUACAUCCGGGACAGUGCCAUCAAUGAGGUGCUACAACCAGUCACUGAAAACGACAUCCCCGAACAGUUGGUCGAAAGGCUUCAGGAGGAGAAGCGCCAGGAGGCCCUGAGGAGGAAGGAACGAAAUGAGGCUCACCUCUACAUGGGCGUCCAGGUGCUGACCGAGGACAACUUCUCCGGUCACCAGGGCAACGACCUCUACGACCCCGACAAGGCUCACUACAGGAACUUCAAGGUAAAAAAGCUGGCGACACUGCGAGAGUUGCUGGAGUUGGUAGCGGAACAGAUGGGCUACCCGUUGCAAGGCAUUCGGCCGUGGGCCAUCACGUACCGCUCCAACCAGACCUCUCGCCCGGCUGCCAUCGACCUUGAUGCAGACCUCAACAAGACGGUUAUUGAUCUGUCGGAAAAUACGAACCCAUGGGUGAUCUUCAUGGAAACGAUAGCCCCCGAUCAGAACAUGGACCGGCUGCCGGACUUUGACAAGGAGACAGAUGUACUGCUCUUUUUCAAAAUGUACGAUCCGCGGCUGAAACAGAUUGCGUACUGCGGCCACGUCUACAUGCCCAUCGUCGCCAAGGCCAAGGAGCUGUUGCCAUUGCUAAACAAGCGAGCAGGCUUCCCAGCUGACACGGAAUUGGUGCUGUAUGAGGAAGUGAAGCCGAACAUAGUGGACCGAAUCGAAGACCUGGAGCUUCCACUGGAAAAGGUUCUGGAGGAACUGAUGGAUGGUGACAUCAUUGUCUUCCAGAAGCUUGACCCCAGCAUGGACGAGUACGAGCUACCCACAGUCAAAGACUACUUCAGGGACCUCUUCUAUAGGGUUGAAGUGACGUUCUGUGAUAAAAUGAUCCCUAAUGACCCGGGAUUGACAAUGGAGCUCUCACUCAAGAUGAACUACGACCAGAUUGCGCGGGCCGUUGCUCAGCGGUUAGGCACAGACCCUUAUUUAUUACAAUUUUUCAAAGUUCAGAGGCACAACGAGGUCCUCAAUGAAAAUUGCGAUCGUAGAGGUUACCGUGAAGGUCCCGGUAACCCGCUGAGGUGUACAUACGAAGGAACGCUCAAGGACCUGUUAGUGUUCUUCAAGCCAAGGCAACCCAAGAAAAUCUAUUACCAACAGUUGAGCAUACGAAUAAAUGAACUGGAGAGCAAAAAGCAGUUCAAGUGCAUUUGGGUCAACAACAAGUUCAAGGAAGAGAAGGAGUUGGUACUGUACCCGAACAAGAACGGCUGUGUAAGCGAUCUCCUUGAAGAGGCACGCAAGCAGGUCGAGCUCUCCGAGGAUGGUUCGGGAAAGCUCAGGCUGAUGGAGGUGAUCAGCUACAAGAUCUUCUCGAUCCAGCGGGAGGACGUGCCACUGGACAACCUGAACCAGGCAAACUCCAAAACGUAUCGCAUCGAGGAGAUCCCCCGGGAGGACCUCAUUGUAGCCGACAACGAGAUCCUCAUCCCCUGUGCCCACUUUCAGAAGGUUCAGCGGAGUCGCGACUAUCAAAGCGAUUCGGCCGACGACAUUAUUACUUGUAAACAAGAAAUCUUCUCGACGUUUGGCGUUCCCUUCAUGCUGAAGAUUAAGCACGGAGAACCCUUCGCAAAAGUCAGGGACAGGAUCCAGAAGAAGCUGGAUGUUCCUGAGAAAGAGUUCGAAAAGUACAAGUUCGCCAUCGUGGUGAUGGGCCGGGCACAGUUCAUCGAAGACAACGAGUACGUCGUCAACCUGUCAGACUUCAUGGCCCAAGCGCCCCAAGCAACAGCCAUGCACCCGCGGCCGUGGCUGGGCAUUGAGCAUGUCAACAAGGCACCGAAGCGGUCUCGCUACAACUACCUCGAGAAGGCCAUCAAGAUCCACAACUGACCGGCACGGGCCUCCAUCUCAACCAGGAGUUGCAGCGGAGACGCCAGGUGCGCUUGAGGACGACACUUGCACGCCACCACCACCAUCACAGCCAGGCUGUUGUCCCCCGGCAUCUGGCAAAAACGGCGACGACGACGGCAGCAGCGGUGGUGGCAACCGGCAGAAGCAGCGAGCAACGGCGCACGCCACCACUGAGAGAGACGCGCUUUCCGGCGGUGGGGGCGGUGGCCCCGCCGUCUUCCUCCUCUUCCCUUGCCGUCUUUCGCAUCCUCUCUCCCCUUCGGCCACGGCGGCUUCUCCUUUCCCGAAACCGUGGUGACGAAAAGACAGUGCUGCAUCUCCGCGCGUGUGUGUGUGCUACCAAGUACUCUGCGGGCGAGAGCUGGGGGGACGUUUUGUGACUGCAUUGCCGAGGAUUUAUUUUUUUCUCGUUUCACGCUGCUCACGGCCAUGCUUUGCAUAUUGCCUCCGCUUUCUCCUCCCCCUUCCCCGAUUUCUGCCCUCUUCCUUCACUGUGUUGCCUUUUUUUUUCGCCCUUUUUUCUGCCUCAAAUAUCCUGACACAUGUCUUCUGGACGCUCUCUGUCUCUGCUUUGAUGUGCCAGAUCUCCGGUUUUGUUUUUUGCCAGACCUGUAAAAAAAAAAUCCAUGCUAUAUUUACACUCGUCUUUCUUAAACAGCAGCUUGCCUUUACUUGCAAGCUGAUCACCCACCCCGCCUCAUUCGAGAACAUUUCUUUUAUUUAGGGGUGUUUUGAGAAAUGCAUAGAUUGGGCAGCCCUAGCUCCGGUCACUCCCUUUUAUUGGCAGGUACUCCCAAGAAUUGCUGUAUUCUACCCGGCUGAAUGAAUUGUUUGUGGCGUUACACUCCCUGGUUGUCAGGUCACCUUAAACCCCACCUUCUGGUAUCUGCUUCCUUGGAUAACUAUCUUUCAGUGCCUGUUUUUCGGUGCCUCUGAUAGAGGAAAAUUUGUCACUCUUGGCUUUUAGGCCUAGGUAAUGCUAGUCUGUUUUUCUUUUUAUUAUUGUUGCAGCCUUUCCAAAGUGUGAAAACUGUUAGCAUAAAGCUAACUGCCAUGUGAACUAUACACUGGCUGAUGAAGAAAUUCCUUCCUCGUAGAAAACUUUACCUGUCCAUUAUUUUUCUUCAGUGCAUAUGUAAAUGCCUCUUGCUAGCGUACAUUUCUUUAUAUAUAUAUAUACUUUGGGCCUGUAUGCACUCUAUCUACUAGGGAAUGCCUGAAGAUAGUGUUACUAUGUUCUCCUUCAGAGUUCUAGCUUGCCGUUAAACAUGCUAGUUGACAGACUACUGGUGCAUCAGGGACACUGAUGGCGGUAACUGGACUGUUGGCGCCAUCAUGUGACGCUCUAUUCAACGCCUUGAAACAUUGUGUUGCAUAAUUGUUCCAAAAGUGAGAGGGAAAAACGCGAACAAAAUCACUUUAAUGAUGGUUGCCGUGAUGCCUUCGCACCAGUAGGUAUCAGAUGGUCAUUGCAAUUGCACUUCUGUGUGCUCUAGUGUAUGUUGGCACCUCUCCCUGGCAUUCUGGUACUGACUACAAAGCGCUCUACAUGCUUACUGACAGCCUAAAACUCUCAAACGUUUUCUUAUCCUUGUGAUGAUUUGUGUAAGCUGAAUCGUGCAAACCGAUUUUUCUUUCUUUGUUCUUUUCAGAUUUGUACACCCUUGUUACAUCUUUUUAUUGUUGCAGAAAGUUCAUUGUGCUGUUGAAUUCUGCAACCUAAUUGUGCAAAGCCUUUCGGAAGGUUGUGCACCCUUGUUACAUACCUGCUUAGACAUUUUAUAACCUUUGGGGUGUAAUUUACUCUAAUUCUGAUCACUUUUAUGCGCACUUCUGGCCCUUGGCGCCUUUUUGCUGCGGUACUAUGCAGCUUGCGUACCGUUCUCGUCGGGAGAAUAGAGUUCAGAGUUCGACGAAAGAAAUGUACUAAAAAAAUGUCCAUGAGUGUGGUAAUUACACUGUGUAGGCGGUGUAGUUUAACUCCAGCGACUGUACACCUCAGUGGGUGUAGUCAUAUCCGUAAUGGUGCGAAAUGCCACUCUGAAACAGUUUUGCACCCUUUGGGCUGUAUUUUAGUCCCACAACAAUGAUCCACCUGUCUUGCAUUCUUUCCUUUCCUUUAAAACUCUGCGCUAGCUGCUUUCCUGUUCAAAAUGCUUUUCACGCUGAUAAUGCCCCCUUUCGUGACCUGGAAGUACCGGGAGCGCAGCUCAGAUAUGCAAGUCUGAUGAUUAUUGUUGUGGGACAGAUAUGGCCCUAAAGUGUAAACCGUUUUUAGAGUGUACUCUCAUGCCAUUCCCAACUACGGAGUACCGAGGCUCGAUGUUGAAAUAAGGCAAUGCGCUGCAAUAUGUCCAUCAAUGUGUGGACACACCACAGAGGGCGCACUUCAACUCCAGUUACUGUCUUUGCUCAGUGGGGGUGUUGUUACGUCCAGGAGGGUGCGAAAUGCUCGAGUUUGCAUCUUUCAUCACUAGCAUUCGUAGCAACAAGUGGGUGAUGUCGACAGGAGCAGUAGAUUUUUCGAAAUGGAGCCGAGAAAGGCGGGUGAUGUACUUAGAAGCAUUGCAGGUGUGUUGCUAGCACUGAUAAAGAACUUGGUCACUGCGGAGUCUCUCUUGUUACUUUUCCUUUCCUUUUUUUUUUUUUUUGUUACUGUUUUUCGGCAACUCUUCUCCAGUGUUUUCGAUGUGUGGGUUCGUUUGAGCGCUGUUUAUCCUCCACCGCAGCGAGAUGUACAGCUUGCAAUACUACACUACUUCUACCACACUGUAAGUGAACACUGCCUUGCAUACACUAAAUCAAUUCACAUCCUUUGGGGUAUGUCUUUGUCCCACAACAAUAAUCGCUUGUCUUUGGUUCCUUUCCUAAAUGCUGCGUGCCCGGUGCUUCCGUUCCACGAACGGUAUGCGCAUUAUCAGCGUGACAUAGUAUUUUUCACAGGAAGGUAGUGAGCGCAGUGUUUUCAAGAAAGGAAGCGGAAACAAUACAGAUGGCAAUUAUUGCGGGACAAAGGCGCACCCAAAAGGGUGUCAAGUUGUUACUGUACACCACUGAAUGUAUUUUACCCCCCUUUGGGAUGCACAUUAUUGAUUUUUUUAACACUUUGCAUCCGCUACUUUCUUGUUGGGAACACCGUAUGUGGGAUGUGAGUUGCAUUUCUGGCAAGAGUGUACCGAGUGCACGGCAUUAACAAAAUCAGAGCAAAUGUAUCCCAGACGAUUAUUGUUGCGCAGUGAAGUGACACCCCAGCUCUAGUAGUGUCACAUAAGUGAAGAUGCAGUGAAAAAUGGAGGCCUUCGUUUCAUGGUUCUUGAGAUUUUUCGAUAAAAAGAAAGGGCAAGAAAAAAACAUGAUCUGAAUAGUGUCUUGAAUGUGUUGUUCUAGUAUACUUUCCACUGGAAACUUAAGAGUAGUGCUUUUCUUUUUUUCCUCUGUUAUGCUUUUUGCAGUAGGAAAAUGAACUGGCAGUUGUUUUUGUACAUGUUUUUCUACAAUAACAGUGGCGUUUGAAGCCUUUGUGUUGAUUUCAGCACAAUGAGAAAGCAAUGGGAAAGUAGGAGCCCUCUCUCUACAGGCAGGUGUAGGCAAAAAUAAAGCAAACCUUCCUUUUAUGUUGCGCUUUAUGCAAUGACUUUCGGAACAGGAUGGUUCGGUUGCACUUAAGCAUCAGUCCCUCCAUUGUAUUAAGGUUGGCUAAUUUGUACGUACUAGAGAUGUGCAAAAAGAACAGAUGUUUUAACUGCCCCGCGUUCCACAGCGACUAUUUUUUGUACGUACUCCACAAUGACCUUUUUGUACGCACUUCACAUGGAGGUCCUUUCGUUGACUUUUUGUUCACAGGAGUAAAGCGUGCAGCUUACAUUCAUCAACACUAGCCCUUGUGCAUGUCGCUUGUACAACUGUUCCUUAUGCAGUUUUAGCAUAGGCAUGUGCAGUACAUGGCAGUGAACUAUUUUUGUGCACACUGUCACCCCCCUCUUCCUACCCUUCCCCCCCUCCCUCUGUCUUUGAGAAAUGCUAAGACUUGUUUGUAGGAGGAGCAAGUCAGCUGGCACAUUAAGCAUUUACGAGGGGAUUUAACUCGGUGAUGUUGCCAUCUCUUUCCCGUUUGUUUCGUUCAUUCGUUGGGCACAGUUUCGUAAACCUACACCUUGCGGUGACUGAAGCAGCGUGUUUAGUACGAGUUGGUCGCUGUCCCUUCUAACAGUGUGCGGAACACUGCGUCAAUAGAGGAACAUUGUUUAAAUGGCUCCGUAAACUCCGUAAAAGGCUCCGUAAGCAGUUUUACCAACCAGCCCAAGCCUAUACUCUUCUCCGUAAACUGCCAUAUCAUUGGCCCUCAGAUUCUGCGUAGAGGAAUGCUGUGUGCAGUACCAUGCAUGGGAGGGCAGUGUUUUCCUAUUCUGUUCAGGAAAAUGUGUGUCAUCCGCAGUCAAUUGGAAAAGGCAACUGUGUCAAGAUGAAAGGAACUGCUGCACAGUCUUCCCCAGAAGGGUGACACUGCCUUCUGCGGAGGCUCGGUUGCGGAGCAGGUUUCUCCUGCUGGGGUGGGCAGAUGGCUAAAUGCGGGACGCACUUUGAAAUGCUUCCUGUGCAUGGAAUUUGAGGUCGAAUGAGCUUGCUGUUUUAACUGGAAGACCCGUUUAAUACCUUGAUCCUUUAUCGGUGCAACAAUCUGGCACACAUCUACCUGCGUUCGCUACCGAUUCUGGCUCCGUGUGUAGCAAGGUGGCCAGCAGUGCGAAUUUGCAUUCCUGUCCCGUUUUUGUGUCGAGGUUCCUUCAGUCUUUUUGUUGUUUGCAACGAGGAGUAGUCUUGUCGGAAGAGGACCGGUGGUGGGAGGGGAAUAGCCAACUGCAAGGCCAUACCGUCAUUUUUUUCAUCGAGGAUAGACACGAGUCGCCAGCGUAGUUCUGUGUUGACACUUUUGUUUUUCUUCUUCCUACUUCCGUCGCUGUCGUUUUGCGAGGGAAGAUGCGAUACUAGAGUCGGAUGCAAGGGAGGGGGAGGGCUGAGAAUUCUCAGCUGUUCUCUAGAGUCCUUUUUUUUAUUAUAUGCAUGUACAGAUAAAAGCAAGUGCAGUAAUGACGUGCUUGCGCGCCAAUGUGAGAGGAGUGUGUGCGAAACGGCAUGUCUGUGUGUGUGUGUGUGUGAGUAGCAAUUUUUUUCGGCUUGUCGCGUGCGCCCGUUUGUGAAGUGGCGCCCCCCAGUGGACGUUGAGGAACCUUAACGGGCAGUAAUAUUUAGUGAAUGUUGUGGAAUCUUUUUUUUUUUUUUUUGAAAAUAAAACUUGGAAGGACGAAAGAAA